AUGGGCGUGCCCGCAUUCUACAGAUGGCUCAGCACGAGGUACCCCAAGAUUGUGAAGCCGGUCAUUGAUGAGGAGCCCGCGGAGGUCGACGGGCAGGAGGUGCCGGUGGACCUCAUGCAGCCGUGCCAGAACGGGGAAUGGGACAACCUGUACCUGGACAUGAACGGCAUAAUUCAUCCGUGCUUCCACCCGGAAGACAGGGAGGAGCCCACAACAGAGGAAGAGGUCUUCCAGCUGAUCUUUGAGUAUAUCGACCAUGUCUUCAGCUUGAUUCGCCCCAGGAGGCUGCUGUUCAUGGCCAUUGACGGAGUGGCACCUCGGGCGAAAAUGAAUCAACAGAGGUCACGCCGCUUCAAGUCCAUGAAGGAAGCUGAGGACAAGAGAAAGGAGGAAGAGAAAUUGAGGAAUGAGUUCAGUGAUAUGGGAGUGAAGGUCCCUCACAAGAAGGAAAAGGGGGGGCAGCUCUUCGACAGCAAUGUCAUCACUCCGGGCACAGCGUUCAUGGCCCGGCUAUCCAUCGCCCUUCAAUAUUACAUUCGCUUGAGGCAGAACACAUUGCCAGCAUGGAAAGAUCUGAUGGUGAUCCUUUCAGAUGCCAAUACCCCCGGAGAGGGAGAGCACAAAAUCGUGUCGUACAUUCGAGAGCAGAGGGAUAGAAAGGGGUGGGAUCCGAACACACGGCACGUUCUGUAUGGGCUGGAUGCUGACCUCAUCAUGUUGGCACUGGCUACGCAUGAGCCACAUUUUGCCAUUUUGCGGGAGGUGAUAAAUUUUAACCAGAAGGAUGGCACCAAGGACAGUUCUGUGGCAGCCCUCAGCACAGCCAGCCCUGCAAAGAAAGCAAACAUAGCUAAGAAACCAUACCAGCUCCUAUUCGUCCACAUCUUGCGCGCGUACCUAGCCCUAGAACUGCACCAGGAUGGCCUACCCUUUGAGUGGGAUGAGGAACGUGUCUUCGACGAUUUUGUCUUUCUGUGCUUCUUUGUUGGGAAUGACUUCUUGCCACAUUCGCCAACACUGGAGAUCCGAGAAGGGGGCAUUGACUUGCUGAUGCGAAGGUACAGGAAAAUUUUGCCUCAGUUGGGUGGUUAUUUGUGUGAGGGCAGCAAGGUGAAUCUGAAGCGCGUGGAGAUGCUGGUGCAGGAGGUGUCGAAGGAGGAGGAAGACAUCCUCCGAUCAAGGAUGAAGAGGCAGAAGGACCAAAGAGAAAAUAAGGAAAGGCAAAGAAAGCGGCAUCAAGAAGAGCGGAGCAAGAAGAGCGGAACCGGUCAGGGCAGGCACGUCCUACCGUCCGUCUUGAUAGCGCUUUGA